GUAAGACGGGCCGAGUCCGGUAGAGAACAGGAGAAGCUUCCUCCGUCCUCUUUUUUUGAACUCUCAAACCACGAGAAAACCUCCUCCUCUGGGUCUUCUUUUCCUACUCAUUUUCGAGGCGCAAUCGAAGAGGAUUAGGAAAUUGGUGGAAGAAAGAGAGGAGCAAUGCUAUUAUUAGCUGAUUUCCUGAAGACCAGGCCCCUGGCCAUGAUUGCGGAGAGUCUCCUUUUCUAUUUUUCUGGAUUUUUUUGGGGCACCGUUCUUUGAUUUUAGCUUGAAGGUGUAUAGCGAUCUCAAGAUCUUAGGUUAGAUGGUUGAAUUGGAGACAGGGGAACUCUUCAUGGUAAGAUGAUUCCUCUGAAAUAGUAGCAUCCUUGUUCUGAAAGCAAAGUAAUUUUAAAGUCUCCCGUUAACAGUGUUCUUGGGACAGGAGGCGCCAGAUAAUCUUUUCAAUGUUCCAGAUGUUCUUUUGCCUUUUGUGUUUGACUCAGAAUCCAAAGAGUAUCAGACAGCUGUUAUUGUCAAAGACAAGAUAUAUGUGGUUGAAGGAUCAAGUGAUGCGGCAAAAUUGUCGAUGGAUGUCAAAAUCUUUGACAAGUUAACUGGAAAAUGGUUAAUUCCUACUGUAUUAGGUACAAAACCAACGCCAUCAAAUGGCUACUCAGCUGUUCCGGUAAACGGUGAUCGGAUUUUAAUUCUCAAGGAGGAUUGUUCUGCGGUUGACAGCUUCUGGUUUCUUGAGGUGGACAGCCCAUAUGUAAAAGAACAAAAGAAGUUACUUGGUGCCGAGGUGGUUGCUUGGAGCAAGGGGGUUGUUGGUGAAGGCCCAAAGCCUGUAGUCAUUAGUGGUCCCUCUGGAGUGGGUAAAGGCACACUAAUAUCAAAGCUUAUGAAAGAAUUCCCAACAACCUUUGGAUUUUCUGUGAGUCACACAACCCGAGCCCCAAGAGAAAAGGAGAUAGAUGGAGUUCACUACCACUUCACUGAACGAAGCAUCAUGGAGGAAGAGAUAAGAGAUGGGGAAUUCCUUGAAUCGGCAUUAGUUCAUGGAAAUCUUUAUGGAACGAGUGUUGAUGCAGUUGAAGCAGUUACAGAUGCUGGAAAGAGAUGCAUCCUUGAUAUUGAUGUUCAAGGUGCUAGAUUGGUGAGGUCUAGUUCCCUUGAAGCAUUAUUUAUUUUUAUCUGCGCUCCUUCUUUUGAGGAACUGGAGAAGCGCCUUCGUUCCAGGGGAACCGAGACUGAGGAACAGGUACAAAAGAGGCUUAGAAACGCAACAGCAGAACUUGAUGAAGGAAAAUCUCCGGGUCUCUUUGAUCAUAUCUUGGUGAAUGAUGACCUUGAAACAUGUUAUGAGAAUCUUAAGAAAUUACUUAUGUUAGAUGACACUGCUGCUAAUUAUCAGCCGACUGUGAGAAGUUUCCAAAUUCCAAUGAGUCACUCAGUAUCCAUCAAAGACCAGAAAAUUCUGAUACGCUGUGGAACUUCUGAACUUGGAAAAGUAAUCACUAGCUUAUUUCUGCUUGAUGUAUCCUCACUUAAAGGAGGCUCUCCUGGCCGGACAAGAGGACUCCGCAUAUAUGCCAUCGACUCGUAUGAAGAAUCAUAAGAUGAGAUCAAGCUACCUUGAAGUCCUUUGCAUUGAGCCCCUUACUGAAACUAUCCUUACUGAAACUAUGAGUUUUGUAUUGACUUGUAGGUUACAUAUAGUGGUUUUGAAACUAAUUGGCUGUCUUGUUCAACCUAAUGCAUCGAUGGGCACCAGGUUAUUACUGUAGCACCACAACGGUGAAAAUUUUUGGGAGCUUAGUGAUAAAUGUUUCUUUGGACAUUAUGUAGCUGAGAACCAAGUAAAACUUGUCUUAUUAUUUAGAUA